AUGGCUUCCAGUAAUGAGGUCAAACCGGGAGAGUUCAGAGGCCGUAGCGCCGGUCAGGAACGUCUCGAAACCCGCGAUUUGGGCACCUGCGCGGGUGUCGUCGUCACCGGUGAACCACAUAAUGGCGGCGAGACGCGGUUCCUGCUCCACCUGAGCCUGGAACAGCAGCAGUCCGAAAUGAGCAAGGUGUGGUCUGAAUUUGUCGAGGCAGUAGAGAAGUCGGGCAUGAGGCACAUGAAGGGAUACAUGUUCACCGUGGAUACCAAUCUGAACAAUGAUCCCAACCUCAUGCACAAUGCCUACAUGAUGACUGAGGCUCACUUGCUCGAAAAGGAAUACGAGCACAUCGAGGGCGAGCUUCAGCGCCUCGUCGGCCGUGGCACGGUCGUCCACGAGACACAUCCCUUUAAUAGGGUAGGUCAUAUGGAGGUUGACGAGAACAAUGUGGUCCGAGUCGACGGCCGGCGCAUCUCGGAGUGA